AUGAAGAUCUUCUCCUUCUUCACUGCCGUCUCGGCAAUUCUAUCAUGUACGGCUGUCGUCUCCGCGCAGUCCGACCCCGAUCCGAUUGGCACCAUCUACGAUGGCCAUGUGCCAGCCAAUCUAUAUGGAUCGAGCUACCCCUACCCUUGGCCGGUGAAGCUGUUCAACUUCUACAAUCAGCGCCAGAACCUUACGAUGGCGUUCAUGGACAUCCCGGCAAGGAAACACAACAAGCAUACGAAGACCGCCGUCUUGCUGCACGGUGGGAACUUCUGCGGCGUCACAUGGUCCGAUACGGCGCGCCAACUGUCGGCCGCGGGCUACCGAGUGAUCUUGCCCGACGACAUCGGCUUCUGCAAAUCGAGCAAGCCACAAGGCUAUUCUUACAACGUACAGCAGCAGGCGUUGAACAUCCACAGCCUCCUCACUGCGCUAGGCAUCGACCAAGUCACCGUAAUCGGCCAUUCGAUGGGUGGCAUGAUUGCCGCUCGCUACGGUCUCAUGUACCCAAACAACGUUCGACAGCUUUUCCUCGUUAAUCCCCUGGGCCUGGAGGACUGGGUAGCGAAGGGUGUUCCCUAUCUGUCAAUCGACGCGUCGUACGAGAGCGGUGUUGUGUCGAAUUUCACCACUCUCAAGGCCUAUGAGCACGCCAACUACUUUCCCAAUGCCCCCUGGAAGCCUGAAUAUGAUGCCUGGGUCCACAUGCUAGCCGAUAUCUACGCCGGCGACUAUGGCUCCGAGUAUUCGUAUGUGAUGGCUCUUGUCACCGAUGCCUUACUCAGUCAACCUGUCAUCUACCAGCUGCCUCUCCUGCAGACACGUACCUAUCUCUUGGUAGGAGACAGCGACGUCUCGGCGCUUGGCAAAGCGUGGUCAUCCCCUGCUGUCGCUGCGAAACUCGGCCAUUAUCAUGAGCUCGGUCCUGCUGCCGCUGCCAUGAUCCCCAACUGCAAGCUCCACAUGUUCCCCGGUCUAGGACAUGCGCCCUUCCUCCAGGACCCCAAAACGUUUUACGACGUGCUGCUUUCUUGGCUGGACUAG